AUGUGGUACGGGAACGGGGAAAUUGAGGUAUUGGAUAUGCCACUAUCCGUUAAAUUAAUAAGACCUGAAAUUGGGUUGAGACAUAGCAAGCAAGUAUACAUGGAUAUGGCCGCUACUUCAGAUAUGGAUUUUGUUAAUUUUCGCUUAGAAAAUCCUAAACUUGAAGUAAAUACAUGGCACUGGGUUCAUAUAACACACAUUGUUGACCCUCACAAUUUUUAUGUUAGACUAACAGAAUUAUUAUCUUUAAUUAAAAAAAUAGAAUCCAAAAAACCUUUGAGUAAACCUACUUCAUGGAAUAUUGAUGAUGUAGUUAUAAUUAAUUUAAACAUAUUAGAUGCAGAUGCUAAAUUUGCAAGGGGUAAAAUACUUCGAAUAAACAUGAACCAUGAUAGUUUCUAUUAUGAUAUAUUUAUAUUAGACUAUGGAUAUGUGAAGACGGCAGUACCAAAAGAAAAUAUUUGGAAAUGUGACCAAGAUUGUCUUUAUAUGCCUCCAUUAGCUAUGCAUUGUAAACUUGGGAAUUGUGCACCACUUGGCAAUAACGAAUGGAAAGAAACGACUAUUGAUGCUUUUAAAUUUUAUGUAGGUGAUGAACGUGCCAGAAUGAAAAUAUUGGACAAAACUGUAAGCCAACUAGUUGUGGAGCUUUAUAACUCUUGCCCUGACGAUAUUGCAACUUUGUUAGCUCUUACAGGAUAUACCACAUUUGGUUAUGUUCACAAUAAUCUUAUCAAUUUACUG